AACCAAAAGGAAAAGGCUGAAGAAACCCUUGUAAACAACUAUCAGCUUUUUGCAGAAAAUAUUUCAGAAGAAAGACAAACUUUAGAAUUUGAACAAACUAAAGAAGUCUGCCAUAAAAUUAAUACACCAGAUGCUAAACCAAUUAACCAACAACAUCACUAG